CAUCAGAAGCCUUGCCUGAUAUGCCCCUACUAACAUAUACCCAUUCUGUAUUUUUUUUUUUUUUUAUUGUGGGCAACAGAAACUGACUCUAGUUUCAGGAUAAAGAUAUGGGAAAUUAUCAAGAAAAAGUUGAGUAACCAAGAUUUAGGGAGCCAAAGAAACCCAAGUCCUCCCCUAGGAACCUCUGUAGCAGCAGAUGGAUUUCUCCCUGGAGCACUGACAUUAGUAUGAUUAGUCCUGUCUCUGUGCUUCUCUCUUUAGUGUUUCAAAUUACCUGGAGAAAGAAUCUGAUUGACUUGGUUUCUGUUUCCGAUUUUUACCUCUGGAUCCAUCUAUUAUCUACCAUUCAAUCUAUCUCCACAAAGGCCCUUCUGUCUUGUUUAUUACCAUACACCUGUGCCUGGUAUCGAGUAGGUGCUCAUUAAACACUGAAUUAAUGAGCAACUAAUUGAAUAAAUGAAUUGGCCAUGGCCAGAAGAUGGGGUCAAUUAACAUAGAUAUGGCCAACAGAAGCUCACUCCAGGGUUUGAAGUUUAUUUCCAUGGUUAUGAGUGGGGCAUCCACCUUAAGAGAUAGUCUUAAAGCUCAUCUUGUUCCACUUUCCCCCUCACACUAGGACCAUUUGGCUUCCUUCCAUUCCUCCAAACUGCCAAGCAAUUUCCAAACUUAGAGUCAUUGCAUAUGCUGUUACUGUUUUGGUUAUAGAUUUAUUGACUAUGAGCUCUAAAUUUAUCCUUUUUUGCCUCUUCUAUGAGAAAAAUGAAUGUGAAUGAGCCGUUUAAGUAUUUUUUGGUAACCUGAUACGAUGUUAAACAUUGUCAGUAGAGGGAACUAGAGAGACACUGCAAGAGACAAAAAAUCUUCCUGGUCCAAAAUUUUAUUAAAUUUAAUUAAUUUCCUCUUAACUAAUUGGAUUUUAUCCAAUUAUAUAUUAGCGAUGAGGAUAAUGGUACAAAUAGAUCAAUCAUUUAUUUUGGAAGAUAAUUUGGUAGAUUCAUAAUGAGUUAUUAAUUUCUUUGAGAAGUUUUUUAAAUCUAGCAUAUUUUUACAGGUUUUUUUAAAAGUAAAAAUAACUUAUAAAGUUGGAGAAAAUUACUCAUAUUUUCUUUUUUAGGGCAGGGGUUUUUUUGGCUUCAAGUAUUUUCUUCAGUGCCUUUCAUGGUGGGGCUGGCUGUUACCUGUUUAUAUCUAUGGCAACGCCCUCACUACAAGGCCAAAUGAGGACAGCCCAACUUCUAGAGCUUCCCGUCUGCCCUACAGACCACAGCUGCCUCGGGCCAGAGACCCAACAGCAAGAUCCGCCAGCCAACCACCUCCAGCCAGUCGCAUCCACCCUUUCCUCCCAGCGCCCGCGGAGAAAGCUGGCUUCCCAUUGGGCCAACUGCAAGCCCUCUUACGGAGCGGGGGUUCCUUCCCACCAGCCGGGCGAGCUCCGCCCUCACGCCCCGCCUGCGCCGGGAAAUCAGGUGACCGCGGGCUGGCGCAGUCACGUGGUUGGGGCGCGCCCGCCCGUUGUGGCCAUGGCGGCCGCUGGUUCCAGUGUGGUGAGGCGAGUGGAAGAGCUCGGGGACCUGGCUCAGGCCCACAUACAGCAGCUUAGCGAAGCCGCCGGCGAAGAUGAUCACUUUCUAAUUCGGGCCUCUGCAGCUCUAGAAAAAUUGAAACUUCUGUGUGGAGAAGACAAAGAAUGUUCAAACAUCAAAUCUCUAGAACUUUACACACAGGCAAUUUUGGACAUGACAUAUUUUGAGGAGAACAAACUAGUAGAUGAAGAUUUUCCUGAAGAUUCUUCACAGAAAGUAAAAGAGCUGAUCAGUUUUCUUUCAGAACCAGAAAUUUUAGUUAAAGAAAAUAAUAUGCAUCCAAAACCCUGCGAUUUGCUUGGGGAUGAACUCCUGGAAUGUCUCUCUUGGAGACGGGGCGCCCUACUCUAUAUGUAUUGUCAUUCUCUGACCAAAAGGAGGGAGUGGCUCACAAGAAAAUCCAAUUUGCUUAAAAAGUACCUUAUUGAUGGAAUCAGUUACUUGCUACAGAUGUUAAAUUAUCGGUGUCCUGUCCAGUUAAAUGAAGGAGUUUCUUUCCAAGACUUAGACACAGCUAAAUUACUGAGUGAAGGAAUAUUUAGUGACAUUCAUUUGCUGGCUAUGAUGUACAGUGGAGAAAUGUGUUACUGGGGAUUGAAGCAUUGUGCAGAUCAACAGCCAGAAAAUCAUGAAGUGGAUUCUGGUGUUUCUGGAGCAAGCUACACAACACAAAAAGAACCUCUGGAUUUCCGAGAAGUAGGAGAAAAAAUUUUGAAAAAGUAUGUAUUUGUGUGUGAAGGACCCCUGAAAGAGCAAGAAUGGAAUACAACAAAUGCAAAACAAAUUUUAAACUUUUUUCAGCAUCACACUAACCAGUAAGUUAUCUAUUCCUUUUCAAAGAGGAAAACAAAACAACCCAUGAAAUGGAAAAGUUCCAGAAAAGAAGACAUCUUGACACUGUUUAAGAAUGUUACACUACAUAAAUAUACCCAGCGUGGUUACCUAUUUUUAAUGCCAUCACCAUUUUUCAUUAUAUAUUUUUAAAUCUAUGAAAGAACGAUUCUUUAAUGUUUAAGAUGGCAUGUAUGUUAUUCUAACUCAGCCUGAACUGCAGAUGUUCUAUAACUAAUAAGUAGGAAUAGAGUUUAGCUUUAUAAGUUUUUUUAAUUAUUAGCUUUUUUGUGACAUAAAUUGACCAUUUUAAAUAUCUUCAGAUUAUUUUAAAAUCUGUCUUGAAGUUUGCUGUGCUUCAGAGAUUAAAAUCAAGUCACCUCAUCGCUUUAGAUAUAUUCUAAAGAUGUAAAAAUUGGCAAAAUAAAAAAUUAUGACUAGUAUUCAGACUCCAUUUCCAGAAUAGAUAAAUAAUGAAAGGUGCCACAAAAGAAAUGUGUCAUUUUUUGUUUUACCAUUACUCAUGGCAUUUACAAUUUUUAUGCUAUUGGGCAUUAUGUAAAAAUUUUCAAGUGAUUUUCCAAUUUUAUUUAAAAGAAAAUGGAUGGUUUAUCAAAUGAGUAAUGAAGAUGAAAUCAGGUUAGUCCAUCAUUAACUUGUAUGUAUUUAGAGUGCCCCUUUUCAUGUGUAUUGAAAUUUUAAUAUUUUUGUCUUUAGUAGUAGAGAUGAGUGAUAAAGGCCAGAGAACCUAACUUGCUAUCUUGCUUAUUGUCUACCUCAACUCCUAUUGUCAUCUUGGGAUGAUCUAAUAAUUUGCUGAUAUCCUUGACUUCUGUACCAGUGACUUCAUCACAUUCCAGGAACUUAACUCCCAUGGCUACACCUGAAUGAAUAUCACCAUCCUGAGUUUUUCUUUCUGAAAUCUUAAAUUUCAGUAAUUGAUGAUAAUUCACAUCUUUCCAGCUUUUCACUUUCUCAUUUUUACUGAUUUUUCUUUCUCCUUUAUUUCUAUUCUAUCUCUUUAGCUUCUUCACAGCCCCUUCUCUUGACUGUUCCUCUUUCUCCUAAACCAUCAGCCCCUUUGAGAUUUUCUUCCUUCCCUAACCAGCCUCAGCCUAAUAUGGGAUACUAGGGAUACAGAUGAAGUGCUCUUCACAGUCCCUUCAAGUCCACUGUCCCCUUGUCCUUCAGUCUGACCAUUCUGCAAGUGUCAGUGUUGAAUUAAUCCUGUCACCCACCUUUUCUGGAAUGCUGCAUCCCAUGUGAAGUACAUGCAGCCGUUGAAAGUAUAAUCCCUAUAAGUAUCUCAGCUUCAACUUUAGGAGAGCCCUCAGUACAAGCCUGUUUGUUUCUGGUGUGGCUCCUCUCCUUUUACCAUGGUGACUAAUCUAAACCUCUCACUUUCCUCAUGAGGUCCUCUGUCCCGUCCUCUCCCAUAGCAUAAGGCUCUUGGUCCUAUCUUACAGAAAUUUAAGACUAUGAGGACUUAAACUUCUAUUUCUUGGCUUUGCCCUAUUCAUUUUCCCCAUUUUUAGAAGGAAAGAGAUUGCCUGCACGCUGUUGAAAGCCAGUCUCUGCCUUUCCUCAUUUCCCCUGGGGCUUCUUUUUUUUUCUGCCUACCUUUUAGGUAUUACUUUUCCCUGGAGGUCUAUCCUUUUUCUCUUUAUCCCUCUUCUCACCCUUUUCCUUUCUCUCUCUCUCCUCUCUUUUUUUAAACUUACUCUUAGGUGAUGUCAUUCAUAGCCAUGGCUUCUUCUGACACCUACAAUGUUAAGCUUAUAUCUAGACUUGCAACUUGAAUCCCAGCUUCUGCUCUCUGAGCCUUCUUUCUAAAUGCCUAUUAACAUGUCUUCACUUAGAUAAUUUUAAAUUCAUAUGUCCAAAUAACUAACCCUCAUCUUUAUCUAAAAUCUUUUUUGGUUCAUGUUUUUGGUGGUUUUGAUCUUUCACAGUGCAGGGCAAUAAGGAAUGACAUAAUCUAGUUCUGUCCACAUUCCCUGUUUUAUCUCUGCAAUGUAUCCUGUGUAAUCACGUCCUAGUUCAGUUCUAGUCCAGUCCUCAAACAUUAAUAACCCAGGCUCUUUUUUGAUAAUAGGAACAUUCUGAUAGAGCAUCUUGAUAUAAGGAAAAUGUCUCCCUAUCUCUGCCCCAUCUUUUCGCUUAAUCUUAUGCAACUAAGAUUUUUAUUUAACAUUGCUUUUCAACAAGUUUUACUAUAAAAAUGCCUUUGUGCUUUCUAAGUAUAAAGAUUUACAUCAUUUUAGUGUGAUUUUAAGAACCACAGACCACCCUCCCCGACUCUUUUUGGAGCAUCAUAAUCAGUUGUUAAUUAAACAGGUAACACUGCUUUAUAGUUCUUUAUGAGUUGGUGAACUCUGUAUUUUAAAAAAAAAUUAUCUAUACACUGUACUUAAUGAAUGGUAGGCCCUUAGUAUUUUUUUUUAAUUAAUAAGAGACAUGGUUCUUAAGUGCCGAACACUGCACAAAAGGGUUGCUGCUAUUGGAUUCCAAACUGCCAUGCCCUUUAUACCAGUGGUUGACAAGGCAAAUAAGGAAUUACUCCUCAGGGGAGUAAAGUAUUGUAUAGAUUUGGAACUUGGGAAAACCAUAACUUUCUCUUCAGAAAUGGAAAUUUCCAUUUUGCCUUCAUGACCCUUGUGAACCACUUGGGUUCCUCACUGAUUGGUAUAGUUCUGAGGGUGCUACUGGGUGCUUUUUGUACUUUUACAUCCCCAACAAUUGGAGAAUAAUUUGUAGACCAUAGCAGUUAUAAUGCUCUUAACUGUGGUGUAUUACAAAACAAGGAACAACAGAUUUUUUUAUAUGUUAAAGCCUAAGUAAUUCUAUUUCAUUUAGAAUGAAGUAUCUUCAAGAUAACAGAUAGUCUGCAUAAGGGAAGCAGUAUAAUUUCCUCAUCACUAAUUAUUAUGUGCCUACUACAUGCCAGGUUUCAUCUUAGGCAUUGAUGAUACAGCUUUGCAAAACACCAAUUUUUUGGAGUUUAUAUUCUAAUGGAGGAAGUUAACACAUUUAACAAUAAUUUUAUAGUGUAUUAAGUGGUUAACACUAUAAAUAAAGCAGGGUAAAGGGCUUGUUACAAUCUGGAAAGUAGUACUGUAUUAUUUAAGGUGGUUGGGAAGGCACCUGUGUACUUCACCAUUAGUGUUGUCAAAUUCUGACCCUUUGGUUAAUAUCUUGCCAUCCAGUACAUUCAAAAAGGUUUUUUCUGAUUCAGUUCUGAUUGCAGAAUUAAGGAAUGAGGUCAUUACUUAAGACCUUUUUACUUUGAUUACAUUUAAGGUGUUUUCUCCAGUGUAGGCUUUACUCAUGAGUGAGUGAUAACCUAAAGGCCUUAUUGUGUUUCUUACACUGUUUAUUACACUGGGGGUUUCUCUACAUUUUGAGUUCUCUGAUGGUUACAAAACUUAAACUCUGUUAAAGGAUUUUUUCAUAAUCCCUUAAAUUUGUGUGGUUCUUUCCCAAUGCAAAUUAUGAUGGUGAUGAUGAUGAUGAUGAUGAUGGUGAUGAUGUUAAGUAGGCUUUAAAACUUAAAGGCCUGUCUGCUUUGUGGCAUUUAUACGGUUUCUGGCUACUGUGAAUUGUGUGAUGUUGAUUAAGGUGUAAAUCACGACAAGACUUUCCCUCAUACCUUUGCAUACAGUAGAGUGAGAUGAGUUAUGGCUAAAACCCUGCAAUAAAAUUACAUUCCAACUUUUACACUCACACUGUGGAUUCUGUGAUGUUCAUUAAUGUGGGAAAUGUGUCUAAAGGUAAUUCUCAGAUUUAUUUUAAUGGCAUUUUUAAAAACCCACAACUGGAUGACAUGCUAGUUUGGAUUAGUGUCACUUUUCUCUUGCCAUCUUUCAGGAUUCUGUUCCUGGCUCUAAUAAGGAUACCUUAUCUGCAACAGAAUCCAGGAUUCUGUAGUUCUCUAGUGUCACUUCCUUGUAUUAUUUUGACACAGUAUGAGAUAGUAUGUUAUUGGAAGUAUUAUAUUAAAAUACAUUUAAUGUAUCUGCAAUUAAAGUAUUUGUUAUGUAUUCAUGCUGGUGUUCUUUGCUGUUUUUUGUUUUCCUACUUCUAGUAGAGAUUUCCAAAUUUUUUGGAGCAUCUAAAAUUUUUUUAAUAAAACCAUAUUCCC